AUGCACCCUUUAACUUUGAUGUAUGCCUUGAUUCUCCCUGGUGUGUCUGCCGAUUUUGUUCGACCUUUCGGAAAUGACAAUGUUCAGCAGAUUAAAUGCAACAGAGGAAUCCAACGGCACCUACUUGAAAAUACUACCGCAGUAUAUUUCUGUAAAGACAAUAUGCAUAUGAUUUUCCAUUCUACGAGCUUGAAUACACUCGGCCCAAACCGCCACAACCCGUUUGCCAGCAACGAGGAUGAAAACGACAUGAGUAAGAAAUGGUUGGAGGUGGAGACCAACAAGUUUUCGGUCCAAUCUGAUGGUGGUAUUCCGUUUACAAGUUGCCUUUCACUUGAAAACGGAGGCAACGGUGCAAUUUCUGCAACGUUUGGAGAUACUUUAGGGACAGCCGCUAGCCUUGAUCUUGAUUUUGCUUUGGUAAACGCCGGCCUCGCAUCAUUGCACUGGGGAUUAGUUGGAAGUGUUGGUGGUACUUUUGCAACCUCUGCGGAAUAUGCUUGUGGUGGUAAAGCAGGACAGACUGUCCAAUUGACUGUGGUGCCUGCCUACUACAGAUUUAGAGAAGCUAAACUUCGGUAUCUUCAGAUGGGGAACAGUAAGACGAAGCCUGUCAUAUAUAACGAUUGGGAGUAUAUUCCCGACACCCAAGUGUUGGCAUCGAGCCCAAUGAUGAAAUGCGUCACCAGUCCAGAGUUAUUGAGAUGUGACAGCAGUGUUGUCAUGCCAAGAAAUACGAAAUAG